GGUGCUCGUGUGUCCGCUGGAAUUAUGCUAGUGUGUCCGCGCCCAAGUGUGAGCUCCGGGCGCCGGCCUCCUCAGCUGACACCAACAGCUGUCCCUUCUGUUUCAGGACGGCGGCGCUGUGAUGGCUGCAGCAGGGGAGGCCGGGGAGGAGGAGGAGUAGAAGGAGUAGGAGGAGGGAGAGGCUGGGGAGGCCGAGGGGAUGCGCGGCUGUUGGUGGCCGCGGAGGGCGACCUGCUCAAUGCCAAGGCUCCGGCGGGGGCCGAGCUGCGCUGCCCCUUCUGCGGCUUCGUGUCCCACGGGAUCAACUCCCGCCAGAACCUGCACAAUCACCUGCUCACGCACACGGGCGAGAAGCCGUUCCAGUGCCCCGUGUGCCCCAUGCGGUGCCUCAAGAAGAGCAACCUGAAGCGCCACAUGCUCAGGCACCACCCCGGCCCUGGCCACGCCCCCGGCCCCUCCCCCGGCUACGCGCCUCCGGGCCACGCCCCCCCCCGACUUCCCGAGCGCCAACUGAGCGUCGGCGACGGGCGGCCUCUGGGACGAAGGUCGCGUGCGGCGCCGACCCUGUUGUUGCUUGUCGCAUGCUGCCCUGUGCCCUUCUCGCGCUCUUAGAGCACCCCAGCAAAGGCUUUCACACUUAAAGACUAGUUGAGUAAAGAGCUCUCGGAGACUGAGGCGUGUUUUCUCCUCCAGGUGGGCUUCCUGUGCGGUGUUUGCGGGCGGGUGUUUGUGCGCAAGGCGGAUCAGGAGCGCCACAUGCUGACCCACACGGGCGUGCGGCCCCACACCUGCCCUCACUGCAACUUCGCCUGUAACCGCAGCAGUAACCUUUACCGCCAUAUCCGUAGCGCCCAUCCCGCCCUGCUGCCGCGCCGCCGCCCCCGCCGCCG